AUGACAGUUGUGAACAAACCACCAAACCUCUCUCAGAUUUUCAUCAAACGAUUCAGUCAUUGUCGAUUCUCAAGCUCGCCAACUCCCACGACUCUCCCCCAUGAGAACCGUCGUUUCGGGAUCCUAGGAGGUGGACUCGCUGGGCUGACAUCGGCGUAUUUCUUAUCAAAGCAACUACCAGAAUCCCACCAAAUUACUGUUUGGGAAAGGGCGGAAAGGUUCGGAGGUUGGGUCCAGAGUUCAAAGGUCGAUGACGGGAACCAUCGGACCAAUUUUAUCUUCGAGUCUGGGCCUAGAAGUGUUAGGCCAAAGGGCUUAGCGGGAUUGAUCUCUCUCGAAUUGAUCAGGGACUUGAAGCUUCUCGAUUCAGUAAUUGUGAUACCAAAAACUCAUCCGUCAGCCCAGAAUCGCUACAUAUACACGAAAAAUGGUCUGCAAAAGUUACCUUCUUCGCUACUCUCGUUGAUCAAAUCGAUACACAAACGUCCGAUAUCGUUGAUGCCUGGAUCGAUGCUCAAAGAUGUGCUCAAUACAACCGAGGAAUCGAGAACACGGUCUAUUGACGAUGAAAGUAUCCAAGAAUUCAUUGCCAGAAGGUUUGGCGAGGGGAUCGGAGAAGAACUUAUUUCAGGGAUGGUACAUGGUAUUUACGCUGGUGAUUACAAGCAGCUCAGCGUCAGAAGCAGUUUAUUCAAACCGGUUUGGGAGCUCGAGAGGAAAUAUGGCGGUGUCUUGAAUGGAUUGAGAGCCAGCAACAAGCAGCAAGAUCCGACCGAUUUGAACAAUGAGGAAGAAAGAAUCCGCAGAACUCUCAUGGAUCAAUCCCUUCAAGAUCUUGUGAAUUCUAGCGUCUGGGGCCUCAAGGGCGGUCUUGAAACCUUGAUUCUCUCUUUGAAAAAAUGGCUUGAGAAGAAGCCGAAUGUAACUUUGAAGGCUGCAGAAGGCGUUGAAUCAGUCGUGCCAUCGCGGGAUGGCCCUUCCACAGUGACCACGUCUCAUGGAAUUUAUGAACACAUUGAUCAUUUGAUCUCCGCCCUUCCACCUCAAGUCUUACAUUCCUGCUUGGUACCGCCGCUCCAGGAUCGGUUGGACGUCUUGAAAACGAAUCCGAGUGUGACGGUCGGAGUUGUCAAUCUUGCUUACCGGUCUAAUCGAAGGCUCAAUCCAAUCCCGCCGGCGUUUGGAUACCUGAUCCCAGCGAGCAUUGGACCGGACCUGAACCCACAUCGAGUCCUGGGAGUAGUGUUUGAUAGCGACAUGAUGCCGGGCGUUGAGGAGGAGGAAGCUGGAGGAGGAGAGUUGACCAAGUUGACAGUCAUGUUGGGGGGCCAUUACUAUUCUAAGCAACCCGACUCAAUCCCAACAGCCGAUCGGCUUGUCGAGCAGGCCUGUGCAGCGCUCAAAGACCAACUCGGGAUCGUCCAGGAACCAUUCUUCGCCCAAGCUCAGAUACAAAAAGAUUGCAUCCCUCAAUAUCUCGUCGGCCACCAUCGGAGGAUGUGUGAACUGCAUCGUCAACUCAAACCUUUCAAUCUCUCGCUCGUCGGCUCGGGUUAUUCUGGAGUCGGAUUGAACGAUGUUGUCAAGUCUGCAAAAGACAAUGCGGCCAAUCUGAUCAACAAUGGUUGCUCAACUGGGUUGGAAAAUUUUGAUAUCUGA